CUCUCUAUUUCUGAAUCUCUGUAGUUUAUUGGGUUUUCCGAAACCAGAUUCUUUACCGUUUCGAUUUUCUACAUACAUGCAACCUAAUUCGUUGAUUAGAAAUGCAGAAAGUGCGAAAAAAAUGACCUGAUUUUGAAUGCCUUUUAUGUGUUUGCUUAUUUUCCUCAAUGAGUAGUUUUCCUUAGCUACCCUCAAAAACUAAAUCUUUUAUUCCACCUUAGAAAUCAGAAGGGCCAGUGUUUGAUAGAAUAUUUUCUUUCGGUCAUCAUCAUGCUUACACUUCUAGUUCAAUAAAUUCUUGAAAAUAUUGUAGGAAUUUUAUUUCUUCUCUGGUUUUUGAAUGUCAAAAAACAAAAUGUGGCUCAUUUCCCACAAAUUCCUGUUCUGUUUGUUCUUGAUGACAUCGACGUUGUUGAUACUAUCUCGAUUGUUAACCCUGAGAUCGACGGGUGGGCCCUAUUCUCUCGAUUCUAUUACAUUCUCGAGCUCCAACAUUCUAACAAUGGCAGAAACUGAGAAUCUUGAUUCAUCUUGUUACACAAAUAACCAAAUUCUCAAGGUUUUCAUGUACGAUUUGCCCCCUCAAUUCCACUUCGGCCUAUUGGGUUGGAAAGCCGCGGGCCCUACUGUAUGGCCCGAUAUUCGAUCACAACAAGUCCCCGAAUAUGCAGGUGGAUUAAAUUUACAGCACAGUAUAGAGUAUUGGCUCACUUUAGAUCUCUUAAACUCAGAAUUCUCGAAAAAUCUGAGUGGCAGAACCGCGGUUAGAGUGCGUAACUCUAGUGAAGCCGAUGUUAUCUUUGUCCCGUUUUUCGCAUCCAUUAGUUAUAAUAGGUACUCGAAGGUGAAGACUAGAGGCAGUAAGAAAAGUAUUAAUGAUUUAUUACAAGAAAAUUUGGUUAGUUUUUUGUCUGCUCAAGAGGAGUGGAAAAAAUCGGGUGGAAAAGAUCAUAUAGUGGUUGCUCAUCAUCCGAAUAGUCUUUUAUAUGCAAGGAUGAAGCUUUGGCCUGCGAUUUACAUUCUUGCAGAUUUCGGGAGGUACCCUCCAACGGUGGCUAAUGUUGAGAAAGAUGUUAUUGCACCUUACAAGCAUUUGAUCACGAGUUAUGUUGAUGACAAAUCCGAUUUCGAUAGUCGUAAAACUUUGCUCCAUUUUCAGGGAUCUAUUUACAGAAAAGAUGGUGGAAUAAUUAGGCAGGAAUUAUACUACAUGCUAAAAAACGAAAAAGACGUGCAUUUCUCAUUCGGAAGCAUCCAAGGCGACGGAAUUAGCACGGCAUCCAAAGGGAUGCACUCUUCGAAAUUCUGCCUCAACAUUGCAGGCGACACCCCUUCUUCGAACCGACUCUUCGACGCUAUAGCCAGCCACUGCGUGCCUGUAAUAAUCAGCGACGACAUCGAACUUCCGUUUGAAGACAUCAUCAACUACUCCGAGUUCUGCAUAUUUGUCCCUUCAUCGGACGCUGUAAGAGAAAAUUUUCUCAUAAAUUUAAUUAGGAAUAUUAGUAAGGAGAAGUGGACAAGAAUGUGGGAAAAGCUAAAAGAAGUGGAACAUUUCUUCGAGUUUCAUUAUCCUUCGCAAGAAAAUGAUGCUGUGCAGAUGAUAUGGAGGGCGAUUCUCCGGAAGGUUCCGUCUAUUGAUCGAAAGAUUCAUAAGUUGGGAAGAUUUUCUCGUGGGGUUGUUAGUGGAGAAAGUGGGCUUCGCUCGAUUUCUGUGCCGAGGAAUUUUUGGUGAAAUUCGAGGGAAAAAGAUGUGUUGUUGAAGAUUGUAGGAGCUCUGCUCUCUAUUUGAAACCAAGCUUUAAAAAGUAGUAAUUGUGAAGAUAGUUGAUCCAGAAAUAUUGAAGAUUUGAUUUUAAGGAUAAGACAAUGUUGUCAAAAUCAGCAGAAUGAUGGAAGAGAGGGGUUGUAUUGAUUUAUUUUUGCUGCUUUAUUUUGUUUUGACAAAUUUUGUUGUACCGAUUCCAACCUCGCGGAUUUAUCUGAAUCGAGAUUUUUAUCGGGCUUCGAAAAGGGAAUGGCUUCUAAUUGUAAUACGUUGCAAGUAUAAUUUCACCAGUGUCGAAAUUAUCUAGCGAAUUUGUAACACCUACGCAACAAUUACGUUGACAUAACAUGUGCGUUAGUGUUACGGUCAAAUUUAUGUUACA